CGCCUCCCAGAUUGGACUACCUCCCAUUAAGUACCCUGGGAUGGGACAGGGCCGCGCCUCCCGCCUUUCCGUACGGAAAUAUGGCGCCGCCCUACGUGGGGCGGGCACCUCCUGGCUAAAAGGCUGCCUCCCCCUUCCAGACGCUUGAGGAGCGGCCGCCCUGGCCGCUACCCAUCGGAGCCGGGCAGGGAGGACCGCCCGCAGCGUGGCGAGGGAUGCGGCCUCGGAAGGGCAGAGGCUGAAGCGUCCCGUGUUCGCCGCUCAUUGCUCCGCGCCGCCUCCGGUCUCAUUCCCGGCCCCGGCGGCAGGAGGGAGCACGCCGACUCCGCGGCAGAAUAUGCUGGCAGUGUUAUCUUUUGGAUCUUGGAGCAUUUCCAGAGCCUGAUAGGAUUUAGGACAGAGGAGAUGGUGUCUGGAGUGGGAUGUUGGAAGGAAACUGAGUAAACUUAAUUGAGGAUGUCUGAAAACCCUGAUAAGCCCACUAUAAAUGAAGCAGGAAAAUCAAAAUCAAAUGAUUCUGAACAAGGCCUUGAAGAUGUGGAAGGUUCUGGUGAAGCUUUACAGAAAAAUAUAAAGUCGGGCUCUCCCAGCACCCAAAGAAUGCAAAGACCUCACUCUAGUCCUCCUCGAUUUGUGACAGUAGAAGAACUUCUAGAGACAGCGAAAGGAGUUGCUAACAUGGCUCUAGCCCAUGAAAUUGUAGUAAAUGGAGACUUUCGGAUUAAACCAGUUGAAUUACCAGAAGACAGCUUGGAGAAGAGAGUAAAGGAUAUUGUACAUAAAGCUUUUUGGGACUGCUUGAGUGUCCAGCUAAGCGAAGACCCCCCAACAUACGACCAUGCCAUCAAACUUGUCGGAGAAAUCAAAGAGACUCUCUUAUCUUUCUUGCUGCCUGGUCACAGUAGACUGAGAAACCAGAUAAUGGAAGUCUUGGAUCUGGAUCUGAUCAAGCAAGAAGCAGAGAACGGGGCCUUAGACAUUUCCAAGCUGGCAGAAUUCAUUAUUGGAAUGAUGGGGACGGUGUGUGCGCCUGCAAGAGAUGAGGAAGUUAAGAAACUGAAGGACAUUAAGGAAAUAGUGCCCCUUUUCAGGGCAAUUUUUUCAGUGUUGGACCUAAUGAAAGUGGACAUGGCGAACUUUGCUGUCACUAGCAUCAGGCCACAUCUCAUGCAGCAGUCAGUUGACUACGAAAGGAAGAAGUUUCAGCAGCUUUUGGAGAAACAACCAAAUUCCCUGGAUUUUGUCACCCAGUGGCUGGAAGAAGCCACAGAGGACCUCCUGAAUCAGAAGUAUAAAAAUGCCCUGCCAGCCGGGGAAGGGGCCGCUAGUUCUGAAGCCGAUCCCAUGCCAAACCCCGUGGCUGUCCAGAAUUAUGCAUACCUGAAGCUUCUGAAAUGGGACCACCUCCAGAGACCUUUCCCUGAAACAGUUUUGAUGGACCAGGCUCGCUUCCAAGAGCUCCAGCUCCAGCUAGAGCAACUGACCAUCCUGGGAGCCGUGUUGCUGGUCACGUUCAGCAUGGCAGCCCCGGGAAUCUCCAGCCAGGCUGACUUUGCUGAGAAACUCAAGACGAUUGUGAAGAUUCUGCUGACAGACACGCACCUGCCCUCCUUCCAUCUGAAGGAUGCCCUGACUACCAUUGGGGAGAAAGUAUGCCUGGAGGUGAGCGGCUGCUUUGCCCUGUGUGGGCUCACUCCCUUUACCGUGGAAAAGGAAACCGCGCUCAAGGGCCAGAUCCAGGCCGUGGCCAGUCCCGACGACCCAAUCCGCAGGAUCAUAGAUUCCCGAAUCCUGGUCUUCUUAGAACGCUACCUUGCCUCAGGCCAUCAGAAGCCAUUGCCUACGGUACCUGGGGGACUGAGUCCGGUGCAGAAAGAGCUGGAGGAAGUUGCGGUUAAAUUUGUCCGCCUGGUCAACUAUAACAAGAUGGUCUUCAGUCCCUACUAUGAUGCCAUCCUCAGUAAGAUCCUCGUCAGACCCUAACAUGUGCGCACGCUCCAGCAGCAGUAUUAGCCUCUUGAUACAGAAUACCUGUUCUCAACUAUAACGUUGCUUUGGAAAAUGCCUAUUUAGUACAUUUCUGUGUAACACCACUGAUUCCAAAAGGAAGCAUAUUGUGUAUCACUGUUGAAAAGAGCUGUUGAAAAACGCACUGAAUUCAAUUCUGUUUUGCAGGUUUGUAUUUAUGAGUGCAAGUUUACAAAUCAAGAAGCUUCUUGUUCUCGAGUCUCAUAGGUCGCACUCGGCUUUUCACGGUGAACUGCCGUGUGUCCACCCCCGCUCUGUCCUGGUCGUAGCUGCUUGUCUCUCCCAGGAGGCUGGGGCCUCUCCUCUGCCAUCUGGGUAGUUAUUCUUUCAGACCCCCAAGAGGAUCUGCCGGCCACCUGAGAGUGAGAAACCGAGCCUUGACUGUGUUGAGACUCUGCCUUCCCUGGCACAAACCCCCACUCCUCCCCCAGCUAUGUUGUUAGAAGGGCUAUAUACAGUCUUCCUGGCCCCCCACCCUUCAACCCCUCCCAUUUACUGUUCUCUCCCUCCUGGCCUAGCCAGAGCCCCAGAGCCCUUUUUUCUAGAGGAGAGUUAAUUGAUUUUAAAAAGCUUAUUCUUUUAUACAGAAUUAUUCCUGAGCCUGGAUGAUAGCAGUUAUGACUUACAGAACCUAGAGAAAGGAAAUUCUUUGACUUUUAAGGCUUGAAAGUUAAGGAAGAACUAUUUUUUUAAACAAUAUAUAUGUUGGUGUUGCGUAAAAGAAGACAAAUGUCUGGAGUUUUUAUGGAAACACUCACUCUGAUACAAUACACAGAUGUAUUGAUUGGAUUUGAAUUUCAGAAAUGGAUUGAAGUGUUUUCAGAUAAAAUAGUGUAGUGUAAGUUCAUUUAUUUCUUGGAUAAGGAAGUCAUAGAUAAUCCCUGGUUGUUGAGCAGUAUUUUUUGAGGAAUUUCAGGUACCAAAAUUCCUGACCUAUCUUGUGACUGAAAGGAUAGUUGGGGUCUCAGAGAUGACCCGCUCUGUUAAAAAAGAAAAGAAAAGAAAGAUGUGUGUGUGUGUGUGAGUGUGUGUGUGUGUGUGUGUGUUAGGGACGUUAUGUUAGAAGCAGAGCCAUGAAGCUCGAGUGAACUCCAAGAGCUGGAACAGCAAAAAGGGAAAGGAUGCCAGGAAUCCCCUCAAGCUGCUGAGGGGCCCGGUGGGACGGGAGACGCGGCGGCCGCCAGAGGAACCGUCACUCCCCAAGACUGUCGAAUGGUACCAGCUGCAGGGGAGAGAAUGGUUCCAUUGGGGGGAAUGUGAUUUCUCCAAAUUCGCGCUACAAACUGUUCUAAUGGUGUUUUUUACUUGCAGUCAGAAAUGUAUGCUGCGUUAUGUGGUCAGAAGCCAUUAUUAAAAUUAAUACUCAAGGAAAAUCUUCCCUGGUUUCAUUGGAAGGGCAUAAAAGUUCAGUAAGUAGAACUUUUAAAGAACAAAUCCACAGUCUUUUAUAGUGUCUUCAAUGAGGUCCCUUCUGGAAUUGUUUCUAGAGGUAAGGCUGCUUGUUGGGCGUAUGGUAUUCCCAGGCCCAGAAGCCCGCACACUCUUUUAUGUUGGCUCCAUGCCCAACGUGGGUCUUAAACUCACACCCUGAGGUCAGUAGUCCUGUGCUCUGCCGACUGAGCCGCCAGGCGCCCUCCCCUGCCCCAGCCUCCGCGUGUUUGGGGUUUUGUCCCUCCUGGUCCAGGGAUGAAGGAGAGGAGCUUUACCCUGAAAUAUAUGGGGGGGAGCAGCACUCCUGUAGUCAUUCUUCCCAAAUCAUAAUCAUUCUUUUUGCCUCCUUUUAUAAGGAUUAACUCUUUACAAGAUUUUUUUUCCUUUUCCCUCAUGGUGUUCCUAAAUCGAUAAAGUUAAGUUUUGACCAUUUGAAAUCCUGAUGCAUAUAUUACAGGGCCCUGCACAGACUCUCACGCCCCACCCGCUCCGGCUCCCUCAGUGUCUACUGGUAGUGAGUUCUCCUAAUGGCUAAGCUAAGAAUGAAGGAGGCAAAGUUCAGAAUCACAAUAUUCAUACUGAGUUGUGUUGUUGCUCUUUGAAGAUAAUGGGCUACUUUCUUCCUGGAAUCUCACAGGAAUACCACUAAGGGCCAGGACAAUUCAUUUAGUUCAUCUAGUCACUCAGGAAAUGUUUUAUUGAGCAUCUCCUUGUAAUUCCCCCCUACCGCUCUCCCUCCAAGAUAGGUAUCCUUUGGAGUGGAAAUUACCUUCAGAAUUGAACUGGUUCUAUCGAAUGUAUUCUGAUUGGAUUUGACAUGAUUUUCUGUCUAACAGGUUGUGGACACAAUUGUCUUUUAUGAAAGUGCUUAGUUUAUUUGGCUGUACUACUUUAGCGUGGAUAGACUGAGCACCUUGCGAGUUAGGUCCAUCACAGCAAGGCUGUUAGAUUUAUUUGUUGGUCUCAUGAAUGAAUGUCUAGAACAGUAAUUGCUACUUUGUCAGCUCUUGGUUGGGUGGAUGGGUGGAUGGAUUCCCAGUCUAGAUGUUUUUUGAAAAUCUCAUUACUUUUAAAGCAAGCUGUGCAAUGUGAUUGUUUCUAUAACCAUAUAACCCAACUAUAAAUAAUAUACUUUGGUAAGGAUGUCUCACUGAUUAAAUACAGUAGGCAGGUGCGUACGAGCUUUUUUCUCUGGCGUGUGCACAUACUGGCUGACAGUUCCGAGUGGAUUAUUUAGCAGUUCUGUUUUUGUGGAGGCGCUUGUGUUCAUUUCUCCAAAACUUUAAGAUUUCUGGGUACAGAGAGGUGCUGCUACCACCCCCUUUCCUGCUGAGUUUCAAUGGGAAGAGGUGUUUGCUGUUGGACUUCCCGUGACCUUGGGCGUGCCCUGGUUUAUUAUGUGUAUAACAUUUGUAUUUCUUUUAACUUUGAGGCAGGGUGGUAGAGUGGAAAGGUUGGGAGCCAUCAGGAAACCAGAGUUGUGACUCCAUUUCUGUUAGGUCCUGAUCUGCCCCAGGUAGAACGUAUUUCCGGCACAUGUAAAAUGGAAUAACUAGACUUGAUCCUUAAACUGCUUUCCAAUCCUGACCUUCUGUGAUCUGUCUGACUUGCGUAACUUAAGUAUAUUGCGGUAAGAUUGUGCACGACGCUUCUGAUUCAGAGGAAGAUCCGGCUUGGAGUCCUUCCUCUCGUGCCUUCUUACUGGUUGUGUGAUAUUGGGCCAGUCAUUGUCCCUUGGGCCUCAGCGUUUUCAUCUGUAGAACAGGAAGAUGACUAACGCUUCCUGUGAGGAUUAAAUGUGAGAAUGGAUAUUAGAAGGCUUUGGACAUGGAAGAGGACUGUAAAUUGCUUUGUUACCAAAGGAGAGCCUGUAACCCUGUGCCUGUAUUCGACUUUGCAGUCUGCACACUUUGCAGGCCUGAGGGAAGGUUCUCCUCCCGGCCCCAGACGGAAUCUUCCGUCCUCCCUUCUGUGCGAACGCUGCAGUCUCCCCUUCUCCCCCCGCCUCCACUCGUGACCUCUCCCCAUCCUCACCUCUGUAUUAUUUGAACUAGGUGAAUGCAUGAAUGAACAAAUGAAGGACGGUAGACGAUGGGCUGUGAAACUAUCUAAAGGCACGAUCUCAUUGAAAACAUAAUCUGAAUAAAGAACCACCGUGCUGUUUGCAA